CGGGGCGCUAUUUUCGGUUGGUGACUUCAGCCGAUAUUUCUGAAUCGCUAGUCGAACAGGGUGGUGAGCUGGAAGGCGGGUGCGCAGUCCGCGUCCGACCUCGCACGAGAAGACAGCCUCCGACUCUGCUGACGCCAGAUAAUCCCGAAAAGCAGCCACCAUGCCUUUCAAGCCCGUCGAGACUCCCAAGUGCCCGGCUUGCGAUAAGUCAGUAUAUGCGGCCGAGGAGCGGGUCGCCGGUGGAUACAAGUACCACAAGACGUGCUUCAAGUGCUCCAUGUGCAACAAGGCGCUGGACUCGACCAACUGCAGCGAGCACGAGAAGGUUCUGUUCUGCAAGCAGUGCCACGGCCGCAAGUACGGACCCAAGGGCUACGGGUUCGGCGGCGGCGCCGGCGCGCUCAGCAUGGACACUGGCGCCCAGUUCGGCAACAAGGAGUCGGCGUCAAACAAGCCGCUCAUGUAAGGAGCCGCCUUCAGCCGCGUCGGGCAGCGCCGCCAUCACCGGCUGCCGGACGCACCACGAUUCCAUUCGCUCAUCGCCCCGUCGGCCCAGCGCCGCCAGCCAGCGCCGCCGGACAGCGCCGCCCUUCGCACUGGUGCUCCGGGCGGCCGGCCGCGCCGCCGACUGAAGGACCGCGCCGUCCGCGCCUUCCGCGCCGUCACCGUCACUAACCAGCUGGGGCAGCCGCCUGCGACCGUCGCUCCAGCCACUCCGGCCGGAUUGCUUUCCUGAGAGCGACGCGCGCCGGUUCGUGGACCGGUCUGAACGGCGCGCGGUGGGCCGCGGGCUUUCGCUCGGUCUCCGUACAAACACUGACCGCACAAUACAUGGUGCCGUUACC